UUUUAUAUCAAAAUGGUAAAAUUACACUAAAUAAUUUGUACCUCGCAGUAUUCACUAUAUUAUACUUGUUUUCACCAUAAUAUAUUUUUUUUAAAUCAAUUAUAAAUAUAAUAUACAUAUUUUUUCAUAUUACAAAAAUUUAUUAUUUAUAAGUUUAAUUUCCAAAAAAUAUCUCUUCACCCAUCCAUAUGAAUAAAUUUUCUGAUUAUGAUUAUCUCGCUCCAGAUGAAUAUUCUGAGGAAGAAUCUUCAAUAAGUUCUAACGAUGAAUUACCGGAUAUUGAUAUUUAUUUACAUAAUAAAUAUGGUACACGUCAUUUUAAAAAGUCAAAUGAAAGCUUAGACGAAAUUAGUGCUAAGGACUUUGAGGAGACUUUAAAUGAUGAGCUCGAAAUUAUGUGCCGCGAUUACGAAUCAAAUUUAAUUAAGACUAAUGUUAAAGAUAAUAAUGACAAUACAGAAGAAUCAAUACCUCCAGAUCCAUUUUAUGACCCAAAUAGCGAUGACGAAAAUCAAAAAUGGGUUGAUGAUCUUAGAAAAUCUUAUCGAUAUAAAUCAAAAACAGGAAAAGAAACACCUUUAUCAAACUCAGAUGCUGUUUUAAAUUGUCCUUGUUGUAUGAGUUUAUUAUGCUUGGAUUGUCAACGGCACCAAAUGUAUAAAACUCAAUAUCGAGCAAUGUUUGUUCUGAAUUGUGAAAUAGAUGAAUCAAAGAAUAUUUACUACCCUGUCAAAUUAUCUUCCCAAAACAAUAAAGAUAUUAAACGAUUAAGAAAGAAUGUCGAAGAAGCUACCAAUAUUUCUACUGCUAUAAAUGCUGAUGUUACUUCUAUUGACCAAGAUGUUUAUAAAUGUGUCUUAUGCAGUAUAUGUAAAACAGAAGUAGGUGUUUAUGAUCUUGAUGAAAUAUAUCAUUUUCAUAAUGUAUUAUCUAGUUAUUCAUAA